AUGAAACCAGGAAACCACACAUUCAGUGUCUCUGAAUUCCUCCUCCUGAGCCUGUCUGAGCACCAGGAACUGCAGCCUCUUCUCUUUGGCAUCUUCCUGAGCAUGUACCUGAUCACCAUGGUGGGGAACAUUGCCAUCAGCCUGGCCAUUGUCUCUGACCCUCACCUCCACACCCCCAUGUACUUCUUCCUGGCCCACUUCUCCCUCACUGACCUGGGUUUAUCAUCCACCACGGUCCCCAGGAUGUUGGUGAACAUCCAGGCUCACAGGCAUACCAUCACCUAUGCUGGAUGCCUGUGUCAGAUCUACUUCUUCCUGUGGUUCAUUGGUCUAGAUGUUUUCCUCCUGGCAGUGAUGGCAUAUGACCGGCUGGUAGCCAUCUGCCACCCUCUUCACUACACCUUGGUCAUGAGUCCCAGAUGCUGUAUCCUGCUGGUAGUCAUGUCCCUAAUCCUUGCUCAGGCAUACUCUCUAACCCACACCCUUCUCCUGACUAGACUCGUGGAACCUGAGAACCAGAGCAGUGUGUCCGAGUUCCUCCUCCUGGGGUUCCCUAUUCAGCCAGAGCAGCAGGACAUGUUCUUCGCCCUGUUCCUGGGCGUGUACCUGACCACGGUGCUGGGCAACCUGCUCAUCAUCCUGCUCAUCAGGCUGGACCCUCGCCUCCACACCCCCAUGUACUUCUUCCUCAGCCACUUGGCCCUCACUGACGUCUCCUUCUCAUCUGUCACCUUCCCUAAGAUGCUCAUGAACAUGCAGACUCGAUGCCAAGCUAUCACAUACGCAGGGUGCAUUUCACAGGUGUAUUUCUUUAUAUUCUUCGGUUGCCUUGACAGUUUUCUUCUUGCCGUGAUGGCCUAUGACAGGCACGUGGCUGUGUGUCACCCUCUCCGCUACACUGCCAUCAUGAGGGAUGAGUUUUGUGUCAUCCUAGCGGCUGGGUGCUGGCUCGCCGCUUGUGCCCAAGCUCUGUUGCACACCCUCCUUGUGGACCAGUUGACUUUCUGUGCAGGGACUGUCAUCCCUCACUUCUUCUGUGAUCUCGCUGUUGUGCUCAAGGCCUCCUGCUCCGACACCUCCCUCAAUGAGCUGCUCAUUCUCACUGAAGGAGGACUGAUCUUCACCUUGCCUUUGGGUGGUAUCUUGGGCUCCUAUAUUCACAUGGCAGCCAUCAUCCUGAAGGUCCCCUCCUUCACAAGAAUCUUCAAAGCCUUGUCUACCUGUGGUUCUCACCUCUUCGUAGUGUUUUUAUAUUAUGGGACUAUUGCAGGUGUGUACUAUUUCCCCUCAUCAGGCAACUCCAAAGUCAAGGACAUAGUUGCUUCAUUGAUGUACAUGGUAGUCACCCCCAUGCUGAACCCCUUCAUCUACAGCCUGAGGAAUAAGGAUAUGAAACAUGCUCUUCAGAAAUUUUUCAGGACCAUGGGCACCCCUGGCUAUCGUUAG